AUGCGAGUACUUGUUGACCAGUUGAUCCUACAUGUGGGAUCCGAGAAUCACAUCUACCGGUAACCGUGCUUGGCGACCAAACAUCAAGAAGUACGGUGUCUCAUGCAUGGUGUUAUUAAACGACGUAUUAUACGCUAGUUGAACCAUUGGCAGGAGAUCCGCUCAGUUGUCACGAUUCAUGGAGCUAUACAUUGCGAGCAUGGAAUGCAUCGUUGAAUGCACACGCUCAGAGACCGAGGUGCCUCGCGGACGAUACGGCGUCGUGCGUGUUUUCUUGUAGCCCAAGAUUUUUUGCAACUGAUAGAUUAUCUUGUUUUCGAAUUCAGUGCCUUGAUCAGGGUGCAGCAUUUCAGGCGGGCCAAAGAUACUGAUAAUCCGAUCAAUGAUUACGCGUGCUUCCGUUUCAGCAGUUUCGUUUGGAACUGGUGCGAGAAUUGCAUAACGCGUCAGGUGGUCCAUCAUGGAAAGCACGUAUUUGCAUCUCACUCCGACUGCUGACAUUGAGAGUGAUUUGUACUCGACUAGGUCGACUGAUACUUUUUCAAACGGCCGCUGUACAGGUGUCGUCUUGUAUGACAUAGUACGAUAUUGAUGUUGCCGUUUCGUUGUCUGGCAGCGGUGCUUUGGCGUCUUAAAUGUAUUGAACAUAUUCGCCGUAUUCUUCGGCUUGUUUCUCGCGCAAUUUCUCACGCUUAACACAUUCAAAUACUUCCGUGGCGCUGACGAAACUUGAAUUGACUGUGAAUAAUUCCAUAUCACUAAGGACUGGUUGCACAUCAUCCAAUUUGUCAGUCGAGACUUGGUAUGGUAUGUUUGGCAUGUGUUGUUGCAGCUUUGAAUCGUCCGGUACAUUUCGGCAAAUCGGUGCAAGGUUUGGCGCAGUUCGUUCUUGUUCAUUAUCGAACACGAAAAGUCGCGAUAACGCAUCCGGCACUACAUGCAACUUUCCCGGUUGUUUAUGUUUUACCGUGAAAUCGAAGGAUGGCAGUGCCAUUGCCCAUCUAGUGAGCAUAUUUGACGUGUCUUGCAUCGUAUAAAGAUAUCGCAAUGCCGCAUGAUCAGCUACGCACGUAAAAUGUCUACCCCAUAAAGAAGGACGCCAGUGUUGAAUUGCUAGAACAACAGCAUAGCAUUCUUUCAUGGUGGCAGAGUAGUGUUGUUGGCUUUUGUUGAAUCGCUGGCUAAAGUAUGCUACGAUAUUCACGUCAUCGCCAUUCUGUUGUACCAGGAAUGCUCCUGCUCCCACUUCAGAUGCGUCUACGUGGAUAACAAACUUUAUAGAAAGUCCGGAAAAUGUAAAACAGGAGCGUUGGUGAGUAAUCGUUCCACUUCUGCAAAUGCUUCAUCAUGUUUCGGACCCUAGCGUUUCGCUACCGACUUCACUGCGUCUUUCUUCGUAAGGUCGACCAUUGGUGCGGUGACGGCGGCUAAGUCUGGGAUGAAUUUCCUGACAUAAUUGACCGUUUCUAGGACUGAUCGCAAACUUUUGAUGUUUGUUGGCGUUGGCAACUCUAGUAUCGAUUUUAUCCGAUCUUCACCUAAACGUAUGCCAUCUGCGGAAAGAAUAUGCCCCAUUUGGCCCAAAUUGCACUGUUGAUUGUUUUAAUGUAAGACCUGCGGCUUGUAGCGCUUGAAAGGUAUUUUCCAAAAGAGAGAUAUGACCCUCCCAUGUAGAUGAACAACAAAUAAAUAAGAUCAUCCAUCUACACGAGAAGACUAGAUUUUGGACCAAAAUGUGCGAAAGUCAAUGCCAUCGUACGUUGAAACAGAAAAGGCGCAUUGGCGAUGCCAAAGGGGAGUCGUUUAAAAGCCCAUUUUCCGUCCCGAGUAACGAAUGCAGUCUUGUCUUGUUCUGCUUCGGCAAUUGGUAUUUGGUGGUAUGCACUUUGUACAUCGCAGACUGUGAUGUAUUUAGCACCUGCUACUGUGUCAGUACGGACAUACGAAGGUACUGGGUAGAGAGAGAUCGGAACGGUUUUUAAUGUGAAGACAACAACUAACUGUGUCCAUAUCACUUGCCAUCUCAAGCAUUGGCCACGAUUUACGAACUAAAUUCUCGUUGAUCGUCGCUCUGUAAUCUACACAGAAUCGGGCGCUGCCGUCAGCUUUUGCUACCAACGGUACUGCUGACCCCCGUGGGCUCGCUCUUUGCUCGAUUGUCCCAGCUUCUUCCAUUUGAUCAACACAUUUGUCAAUUACCUCUUGCAUUCGUGGAUUUGCACGAUAUGGAGCUCUGUUGACUGGUUUUGUUCCUGGUUGCAAUGGAAAAUCAGCCUCUGUGAGAGUACAUUUGCCCAGUUCUUUAGGACCCAGGGAGAAUACUGAACGGUAUUUGGUACACCGUUUAAGUAUUUCUUCACACUGACUGGUCGGGCAAAAAAGUUGUAUCUCUGCGAGCUUUGGCUAAUGCCUUCUUGAGAUCUGUACGGGUUUUUUCCGAUUCUUCAGGAGGAAUCGUUUGAACGCUGCUCAUUAUUGGUGGCAGUACUGUUUUCACUGGAGAAAUAUAGCCGAUAAGUGUAUUUCUCUUCAGGGAUACUGGUCUGUGAGAAGGGUUGGCUAGUUGUACCGUUGCACUUUUGUUGUGCUUAUACCAGUGACAGACUGUGCGUGCUACUAUCACCCUACGGAAUGCAUCUGGUGUAUCCUGCUUCCCAACGUCAUCGGACGUUACGAUGCGUGGUUCAACUACGGCAGCUGUGGUUUCAUCUGGCGCUUGAAGCGAAUGAAUUUCGACAGCUAUUUCAUGUUGUGCAGGUCAUACUGUUUUUCUGGUCGGUCGUGGGAUAGCAUGUUUUGCGGUGGACUGCUGGAAUUUUGGUUGUUUUAAACGACAAUUCUUCCGCUUGCCAAUCAAGAAUACCACCAACUGCGCCCAUUAUGCUAUUGUCGAGUAGCAUAUUAUCAGGUCCCAACGACGGCAGCACUAGAGCUUCAAAAGACUUGCGGGAAAAAUGGGAACGUACCCAAAAAUGAGAAUGGGCGUUUGUUUUUAGAAAGCAUUCCACGCCUUUGCAACUCCCCCCAUAAAAGUUGACAGUGCUGUAUGUAGGUCUUUACAGCAGCUUUCGAAUGAGCUGUUGCUCAAGCUGUAUGUCCUCGGCAUCGCCGACGUAGCCAGCAUCGCGAGAAAUCAGGUCGAAACCAGCACGAAUCGCUUUUUGCGCCCGUGAG